AGAACAAACUUUGACUUCUCAUUCACACGAGCUCUCGGGGCCAGGGGUGUGGCAUCCAUCAAAGGCAUGGAAUUCAGAUCUUGUACCCAAAAUUAGGCAACACCCACUUCACAUCUCACUUUUAACUCGAGCCACAAUGGAAAAAGUAUCGAUUUUGCUGUUGUUGGUGUUACUGGGUCUGGUCAUUUGCAGUGUGGAAGCAGCUCAGAAGGCUCCUUGGAGGAUUCAGACCCUCUUCUCAGUGGAAUGUCAGAACUACUUUGAUUGGCAAACGGUUGGACUCAUGCACAGUUUCAGGAAGGCAAAGCAACCUGGUCACAUUACUCGUCUUCUCAGUUGCACUGAAGAGCAGAAGAAAACUUACAGAGGGAUGCAUUUGGCUCCCACUUUCGAGGUGCCCUCAAUUAGCAAACACCCCACAACUGGUGACUGGUACCCUGCAAUAAACAAACCUGCUGGGGUUUUAUAUUGGCUCAAACAUAGUAAAGAAGCAGAAAAUAUUGACUGGGUUAUCAUCCUGGAUGCAGACAUGAUAAUCCGUGGCCGAAUUGUACCUUGGAAACUUGGCGCAGAGAAAGGAAGACCUGUUGCAGCAUAUUAUGGGUACUUAAGAGGUUGUGACAAUGUAUUGGCUCAACUGCACACAAAACACCCGGAACUCUGUGACAAAGUUGGUGGACUUUUGGCCAUGCAUAUAGAUGACCUGCGAUCAUUGGCACCUAUGUGGCUUUCUAAAACAGAAGAAGUACGGCAAGAUAAGGCCCACUGGGGAGUAAACAUAACUGGUGAUAUAUAUGAAAAAGGCUGGAUUAGUGAGAUGUAUGGAUACUCUUUUGGUGCAGCAGAAGUUGGGCUCCGACACAAGAUUAAUGAUAACUUGAUGAUCUACCCAGGUUAUGCUCCCCGGGAAGGAGUUGAGCCAAUUCUUCUUCAUUAUGGGCUGCCAUUUAGGGUAGGGAAUUGGUCAUUUAGUAAGGCUGACCAUGAUGAGGAUGACAUCAUUUAUAACUGUGGUCAGCUCUUUCCUCAGCCUCCUUAUCCCAGGGAGGUAAAGCAGUUGGAAACAGAUCCUAAUCUACGCCGAGGACUAUUUUUAAGUAUAGAGUGCAUAAACAUUUUAAAUGAAGGUCUUCUGUUACAUCAUGCAGCAAAUGGCUGCCCUAAACCAGCAUGGUCAAAAUACGUGAACUUUCUAAAAAGCAGAGCCUUUGCUGAACUAACUAAACCAAAAUUAGUAACACCAGCUACUCUAGAAAUGAUGCAGGAUACAGUGCAAGAUCAUAUCGACCAUGAUGCUGCCGGGCCAUAUCCUAAAAUCCAUACUGUUUUUUCCACUGAAUGCACCCCAUACUUUGAUUGGCAGACUGUAGGGCUUAUGCAUAGUUUCCAUUUAAGUGGACAGCCAGGAAAUAUCACUAGACUUCUCAGCUGCUCCGAUGAAGAAUUAAAGCUAUAUAAGGGCCAUAACUUGGCUCCCACCCAUUAUGUCCCUUCUAUGAGUCGACAUCCAUUAACUGGCGACUGGUAUCCAGCAAUUAACAAACCCGCUGCAGUACUCCAUUGGCUCAAUCAUGCAAAUAUUGAUGCUGAAUUCAUAGUGAUAUUAGAUGCUGAUAUGAUAAUGAGAGGCCCAAUUACCCCAUGGGAAUUCAAAGCUGCACGUGGAAGACCUGUUUCAACACCCUAUGACUACCUUAUUGGUUGUGACAAUGAGCUUGCAAAAUUGCAUACUAGCCAUCCUGAGGCUUGUGACAAGGUUGGUGGUGUAAUUAUUAUGCAUAUCAAUGAUUUGCGGAAAUUUGCUUUACUCUGGCUGCAUAAAACCGAGGAGGUUCGGGCUGAUAGAGCUCAUUAUGCCAAAAAUAUAACUGGAGACGAAUAUGGAUCUGGUUGGAUUAGCGAAAUGUAUGGUUACUCAUUUGGCGCAGCAGAGUUGAAAUUAAGGCAUACUAUAAACAAAGAGAUUAUGGUAUACCCAGGAUAUGUUCCUGAACCGGGCAUCAAAUAUAGAGUUUUCCACUAUGGAUUGGAAUUCAAUGUUGGUAAUUGGAGUUUUGACAAGGCGAAGUGGCGUGAGGUUGACAUGGUCAACAGAUGCUGGGCCAAGUUUCCAGAGCCACCAGACCCUUCAAAACUUGAUCACAAUGAUAAGGAGAGUUUACAGCGAAACCUUCUCAGUAUUGAGUGUGUGAAGAUACUAAAUGAAGCAUUGCAUCUACAUCAUGAAAGAAGGAACUGCCCCAAAGCUGGUUCCUUACCCAAAUCAAAAGAGGAUGCUACUGAGGAAAGUGUAAUCUCUAGGACAGUUGGCAACUUCAGUGGAAAUCUUGAUUCAAAGGGCAAUCAUAAGUCAACAAAUGAUUCUGAGGAAUUAGCUAGUGAUAGUAAAGAUGGGACAGUCAUACCUAGUUCUUUCAGACUCUGGGUGUUAUUUUUAUGUGCAUUUUCUGUAUUCGGUUUCUUGGUAGUCAUUUUUGUGGUGCAUUCGGGUCGUAAAAGAAAAGUAAUGAAAAUGAAACACCAUAGAGCCAGGAGAAGAAACUUGUAACCAGGUUAAAUGGGGAGAUUUUGCUUCUUUUAUUAUGGGGUAAGAGUUUAAGACCACCCUGCGGUGAAGUGAUGAUAACUUAAAGGGUAGAAAAAAUGUUACUUGAGAGAUUAUGACUCCAUUCCCACAGAGCAUGGUAAUAUGAACAUUCAAGAGACCUCCCAUUUGAGCAUGUUUGAGAGUGCUUGUACUAUUUUGUACUCAGAAAUCAUCAAAAGGUUAGAAACCCGGGAGACUCAAAUCUCCAACUUCAAAGUUCAAACAUGUUGGUGUUGUUAAACUGGGAUUGUUCUGCAGAGCAAUGGAGCAAAGUACUGUAUCAUUCACAAGUUAUUGUCACAGCAGAGGCAUUUGAUGAGUUAUGACAUUUAUUUUAAUCAUUAUUGUAACAUUUUGUUCCUCAACACUUGUAAAGGAUUUGUAAUAAAAUGAUGAUAUAUUAUAUGUCUGCAUUAACAACCGAUUAUUCAAGAUUUAUUGUUGCAACUC